AAGGGCACACCGCAGAAAGAUGUUAUCAUCAAGUCAGAUGCACCUGACACCCUGUUAUUGGAGAAGCAUGCAGAUUAUAUCGCAUCCUAUGGCUCAAAGAAAGACGAUUAUGAAUACUGUAUGUCUGAGUACUUGAGAAUGAGUGGCGUCUAUUGGGGUCUGACCGUAAUGGAUCUCAUGGGACAACUACAUCGCAUGAAUAGAGAAGAAAUUCUGACGUUUAUUAAGUCAUGUCAACAUGAGUGUGGUGGAAUAAGUGCUAGUAUUGGACACGAUCCUCAUCUUUUGUAUACUCUUAGUGCUGUUCAGAUUCUUACUCUGUAUGAUAGUAUUAAUGUUAUUGACGUAAAUAAAGUUGUGGAAUAUGUUCAGAGUCUACAGAAAGAAGAUGGUUCUUUUGCUGGAGAUACUUGGGGAGAAAUUGAUACAAGGUUCUCUUUUUGUGCGGUGGCAACUUUGGCUCUAUUGGGGAAGCUGGAUGCUAUUAAUGUGGAAAAGGCAAUUGAAUUUGUUCUGUCAUGUAUGAACUUUGAUGGUGGAUUUGGUUGCAGGCCAGGUUCUGAAUCCCAUGCUGGGCAGAUCUAUUGUUGCACAGGAUUUCUGGCUAUUACUAGUCAGUUGCAUCAAGUGAAUUCUGAUUUACUUGGUUGGUGGCUUUGUGAACGACAGUUACCGUCAGGUGGACUCAAUGGAAGACCAGAGAAGCUACCAGAUGUAUGCUAUUCAUUGGGUCUUGGCUUCCCUAAAGAUAAUUGGAAGCUUCAUUGGAUUGAUAGAGAGAAACUGCGUAGUUUCAUCUUAGCAUGUCAAGAUGAAGAAACAGGAGGAUUUGCAGACAGGCCAGGAGAUAUGGUAGAUCCUUUUCACACUUUAUUUGGAAUUGCUGGAUUGUCACUUUUGGGAGAAGAACAGAUUAAACCUGUUAGUCCCGUUUUCUGUAUGCCUGAAGAAGUACUCCAGAGAGUGAAUGUUCAGCCUGAACUUGUGAGCUAGAUUCAUUGGUGCAAAAGUUGCUUAGUGUGGUUUUGCCAUCUUAACAUUUCUGUAUUUGAAGUGCUUAUCAAACUUAAAAAUGACUACUAUGUUAAUAUUUUGUAUGUGAAUUGUGUUAAUUUUAAAUUAUAUAAUUAUACGUACUGUAAAAUAAAGACCUUUAUUGUAUCUUUAAUUUUAAAUUUUUUCCUGGAAUGCUGUUACUCUAAGUACAAUAUUUUGUUUGUGCUUUAAUGUAUUUGUUAUUUAUAUGUCUCCAUAACAGCAAACUUUCUUAGUUUAACAACUAUUUAGUUGAAGAAGUCUUGUGUUCUGCUUAAUUUUUUUCCGUGUGCUCCCUUUAUAAGUUAUAUAACGAUAGUUAAUGUAAAUUGGUCUGUGUCGAUGAGAAUGUUAACUGAAAAAUUGGUAAACCCCAUAUAUGAAUUAAAAGAUGCACAAAAAUAA